AUGCCCUCCCCGGCGCAUCAGUCGCAAUACGUCCUUCAGGGGUACCAACCGUACGAACAUCAAGGUCACCAGCGUGUGAUCCCCUACAGCAAGCCAUGGCACAUUGCCAAAAUCGUGAUGCGAUGUUCCGACAUCGUCUUUAGCUUAAUCGUCAUCGGCAUCUCUGCAUACGUCCUGACAAUUGCCUUCUCCGGCGGCGCAUUCUACGUUAUGAGCUGGCUGCCGAACUCAUUACCAUUUGCGCAAGAGGAGGCCGACGCGGAAUUCACCCAGGCGCUCACGUUGGCUUACACCUAA